AUGUUUGUGUUCUCUUCACCUUGGCCUCUUCACUUAUCUUCAGCACUGGUGCAGAGUAAAGAAACCUGCGGAGUGAAUCAUACAAUCAAGCAAACCGAUUCACUUGCAGAUCAUGGGCCUCCUGGAAAUCCAGGAAUAAGAGGUGCUGAUGGAUUGCAAGUCAGUGUCAUGCGCGAAAAUCGAAACGAGUGUUUCCCCUGCCCACAAGGACCUAGAGGACCACCAGGGCCAGAUGGACCUAUGGGCAUGGGAGGUGUUCAUGGUGUCUUUGGCUACAGAGGCAUGAAAGCUAUAUUGCUCAUUUUCUUGAACUUUUCUAUUACGCUAAUCCUUUCUGUCAUUACUGUAAUGGCAACGGUGAAUUCAGGUAGAAACGGUUCACCAGGACCACGUGGUCCUCGUGGAGAUCAGGGGCUACCAGGAACACCAGGAGUUCCUGGCGUUCCUGGCAGGCAUGGAAAUGUCGGCUACCGUGGACAGGGCAGACCCGGCCCACCUGGUAUUCCCGGAGUUCGAGGCGAUUUCGGAGUACAAGGACUCAAUGGAAUAAAUGGAGCUAUGGGUCAGCCUGGAGCUCCCGGUGAGCCUGGUCGAGCAGGUAUGCCAGGACAACCAGGAGAGGACGGUGCCGUGGGCUUGCCAGGAGAGACGGGUGCAAUCGGAUCAGAUGCGCUUUACUGUCCCUGUCCGAAAAGGGAUCAGGUAGUCGUCGGCGCUGCGCAAAGGGAUGAAGAAGCUUACGAGAGAGUUCUUCGUCGACGAAAAGCUGCAGGUCACUGA